UGAAGUUUGUAUCCAAAUAAUAUGUAACUCUAAAAAAUCUCACUUUUUAACAGUUUUAAGGUAUCUAAUCUUGAUUCAAAAUGUUCAUCAAGGAAGUAGUCAUCGAUGGAUUCAAGUCCUAUGCACAGAGGACAGAAAUAAAAGGAUUUGACCCGCUUUUUAACGCCAUAACUGGACUCAACGGAUCGGGAAAGUCGAACAUUUUGGAUUCCAUUUGUUUUCUGUUGGGAAUCUCCAAUCUUACACAGGUCCGAGCAGGUAGUCUUCAAGAGCUUGUUUACAAGGGUGGACAGGCAGGUGUUACCAAGGCAACAGUGACCAUCACUUUUGACAAUCGAGACAAAAAGCAGAGCCCCUUGGGAUACGAGACCUUUGAUGAGAUCACAGUGUCCAGACAGGUGGUAAUUGGUGGCCGCAACAAGUACCUCAUCAAUGGCAGCAAUGCCAACAACAGCCGGGUGCAGGAUCUGUUCUGCUCUGUGCAACUUAACGUCAAUAAUCCACACUUCCUCAUUAUGCAAGGUCGAAUCACCAAGGUAUUAAACAUGAAACCUCCAGAGAUUCUUGCGAUGAUUGAGGAGGCAGCUGGCACCAGGAUGUACGAGAACAAAAAAGCGUCUGCCCAGAAGACUAUCGAGAAGAAAGAUGCCAAACUCACAGAGAUCGACUCGAUCAUGUCGGAGGAGAUCACACCCACCCUCACCCGUCUGAAGGAGGAGCGAUCCAACUACCUGGAGUAUCAGAAAGUGAUGAGGGAACUGGAGCAUCUCUCCCGUCUCCACAUUGCGUAUCAGUUUGUUGGCGCUGAGGAGAUGUCCAAGAAGUCCGCUGAAGAUCUGGGCAAGAUGGCUGAUCAGAUGACCAAACUCAGAGAGAAACUUGCGGAGAUUGACGCUAAAAUUGUGGAGAUCGGUGAGCUCAUCAAGGAUCUUGAGAGGCAGAGAGAUUCGGAGGCCGGUGGGGCCAUGAAGGAGAUUGAGAAGGCCCUUACUGAGAGACAGAACACUGACACUAAGAUGCAGAGCUCGGUUCAACAUCAAAAGGAAGCUCUGGCCAAGGAGAAGAAGAAUAAGAAGGCAAUACUUAAGAGCUAUGAAGAGGACCAAGCCACCCUGAAGGGCAAAGAGAAAGACAUCAACAAGAACAGUGCUAACUUUGAGAAAGUAGAAGCUUCAUUUAAGGAGAACACUGAAGCCGUUGCAGCAGCCCAGAAACACCUACAGGCAGUGUCCUCUGGCCUGUCAAGCAGUGAAGACGGAGAAGCAAAGACACUAGCUGAUCAGCUUAUGGCUUGUAAGGACGGAAUGAAUUCUGCGGAGACGGAUCUUAAGCAAGCACAGAGCAAACUUAAGACGGCCCAGUCAGAGUUGAAGAAGAAACAGUCGGAGGUGAAGAAGACGGAGAAAGAGUACCAGAAAGACACUGCUAACCUAGAAGCCGUGAACAAGAGCAAAGCAAAACUAGAGGCCGAGAUGAAGAAAGUCGGCUUUGAGGAUGGGAAAGAAGAUGCCUUGGUGAAACAGAAGAAGACUCUCGGACAGCAAGUAGACCAUCUCAACGACAAGGUCAACGCCCUAACUGCAAGAUUUCCCAACCUACAAUUUGAAUACAAAGACCCUGAGAAGAACUUUGACCACUCCAGAGUCCAUGGUCUGGUUGCCAGACUCAUCAAGGUGAAAGAUGUACGCAACGCUACAGCCUUAGAAGUGACUGCUGGCAGGAAGUUGUACAACGUUGUUGUGGACUCUGAGGUGACCAGUAAGAAACUUCUGCAGAAGGGAGAGUUGAAGCGUCGUUACACCAUCAUACCACUCAACAAGAUCGCUGCCAGGUCACUCAAUGCUGAUAAGAUUAAAGCAGCGGAGAAUCUGGUUGGCAAGUCCAACGUCCACACUGCCUUGUCUCUGGUUGGCUUUGAGAAGGACGUGCAAGCCGCUAUGCAGUUUGUCUUUGGCAGCUCACUAGUCUGCAGCCAAAUGGACCAUGCCAAGAAGGUAACUUUUGAUCCCACAGUUAGAAUCAGAACCGUGACCGUAGCUGGAGAUACAUUCGACCCAUCUGGGACCCUAACAGGUGGUGCAAGAGCCAAAGGGUCGACAAUUCUAGCCAAGCUGACGGAACUGCAAGAGGCUGAGGGGGAACUGAAGCAGAAACAGAAAGAGCUGGCGGCCGUAGACAAGGAACUUAACACCCUCAAAGGAGCCGCUGAUAAAUUCCGUGAGAUGAAGGAGCAGUAUGACUUGAAAGUCCAUGAGACAACUUUACUUCAGGAGCGACUCCAGCAGAGCUCCCAUCAUAAACAACUUGAAGAGAUUCAGACUCUUGAGGCCUCUGUCGGAGAGCAAGAAGCAGCUAUCCCAGCUGCCAAGGAGAAACAUAAGGAGCAGUCAGAGAAAUGCAAGAAUCUUGAGGCUAAGAUCAAAGACGCCAAGUCCUUCAGAGAGAAAGAGUUGAAAGAAGCGGAGGCAGGAGUCACCAAGGCUAAGAAGAAAGCAGAGGAGACGAACAAAGCCAUGAAACAAAAGCAACAGGAAAUGGAAACCUUGAGGCUCGAGGUUGAGGAUUUGAAGAAGGAACUGACCAAGUAUGAUGAUCAACUAGCUGCUGUAGAUGAAGCUAUCACUGGCUUUGAAGAAAAGGUCAAAGAGGUUGAGGAGAAGGCUAAGGAAACUAAGAAAGCCGUCUCAGAGACCAAGAAAGACCUAGAGCGACAGAAGGACCUGCUGAAGGAGAGGAACCAAGACAUCCAAAGCAAGUUGGGCGAGAAGAACCAACUUGGGCGAGAGGACCAAGAGAUCCAGCUAGAGAUGAAAGAGUUGGAGCAUCAGAUGGCCAAAUUCCAACGGGACAGCAAGGAUGCCGCUAAUAAGGUGACCAGCCUGAUGGACAAGUAUGAAUGGAUCGCUACAGAGAAGCAGUACUUUGGUCAGCCUAACACGGCCUACGACUUCAGUAACAGCGAGCCCAGGGAGGUCGCAAGACGGCUGCAGAAACUACAAGAGACCAAGGAGAAGCUGAGCCGCAAUGUCAACAUGAGGGCCAUGAAUAUGUUGAGCAAAGCAGAAGAGAAGUACAAUGACUUGAUGAAGAAGAAGCGCAUCGUGGAGAACGACAAGAAGAAGAUCAUGGCGACCAUCCAGGAGCUCGAUGAGAAGAAGAAUGAGGCACUCAAGAAAGCCUGGGCACAAGUCAAUAAGGAUUUUGGUUCCAUCUUCUCCACCCUUCUGCCUGGCACUCAAGCCAAACUGCAGCCCACAGAGGGGCGCUCCGUUCUGGACGGGUUGGAAGUAAAAGUGGCUUUUGGUGAUGUAUGGAAAGAGAGUCUGUCAGAGCUGAGUGGUGGACAGAGAUCUCUUGUGGCGUUAUCGCUGAUUCUGUCGCUUCUACUCUUCAAGCCAGCACCUCUCUACAUCCUAGAUGAAGUAGAUGCUGCUCUGGAUCUCUCACAUACCCAGAAUAUCGGUCAGAUGUUGCGAACCCACUUCAGGCAUUCACAGUUCAUUGUAGUUUCCCUCAAGGAUGGAAUGUUCAACAACGCCAACGUUCUCUUCAAGACCAAAUUUGUGGAUGGAGUUUCCUGCGUGACACGCUACGCCCAAAGCCCAUCAUCAAGUGCAGGCCGUUCUGGAUCCAGCGGGAGUGUAUCUGGAGGGAGUUUGAGCAGCAGGGGGAAGAGCGCCACCAAAAAGACUGCAGGAUCUAAGAAGGCUAGGAUGGAGCCACUGGCUGAGUUGGGACAGUAAACAGCCACAGGGUGCAGAGUACUCAGGGCGAUUUCAGGACUGGAUUUUCUUUUUAGAGAAGACAGGGCCAUUUUCAUUUUGCAUAGGGGCACUUCUGUUAUUGGAAAAAUCUUAAAGUUUGUGGGAAACUUUCGAAGGGGCACAAAGGCCAAGACCAGGGCAACUGAGGCCAUCGCCUUUCAAGUCUCGAUUUUCUUUUUUGAGAGGGCAAGGCCAUUUUCAUUUUGCAUUGGGCACUGCUAUUGGAAACAUUUUAAAGUCUAUGGGAAACUUUUGAAGAGACCAGGGUCCAAUUUCAUAAAGC